AUGGCUGUACUUGCAGGAGAAUGUGAACCUGUCCAGAUGACACACUGUAUAAACAUAACCACCUAUAACUUUACAACCUUUCCCAACUACCUGGGAAUGCAGAAUCAAGUGGAUGCCGCCAACGAGGCAGGUGGAUAUAAAUACCAUGAGAUAUGGACAAGUGAUUGCUAUGCCUAUGAUCUGGAGUUUUUGGUGCAUUUUAUUUACGCCUCCUUGUACGUGUUUGCCGAAUGUUCGCCGGCCUACUCGAUGGAUUACAAUGACGUCAUCAACUGCUUUGAUCUGCCAGACUCGGACGACCCGACGGUGUGUUUCCAGAACCCCUAUCAACCUGGGAAACCACAGGUCCUGGAGACGAAGCCGUGUAAGAGGAUGGGAUACAAUGUUACUGCCUUCCCAAACCUGGCUGGCCAAAUCGCCGAGCCCAUUGCCCUGGAGAUGGUCAAUAUGAUCCAAGGUAUUCAAGCUGCCACGCGCUGUUACAGGUACUCGGGUCUCUUCGCUUGCGCCGUCUACUUACCCCCCUACUCAGGAAAUCAGACAGUACCUUACCACGUCAUUCCACCCUGCAGGAGUCUAUGCGAAGAGUAUCGCUAUCAGUGUGAAUUUUUUCUGGAGAUCUUUGAGUCCCCAUUGCCCGAGAAUCUAAGCUGUAGCCAGCUGCCACAGUCAAACGACACCAAUAUUUGCAUAGGAGCCAAAGAGUCACGAGAACCUCCUCCAGUAUUACCUUGUCCUGCUGGCAACAUAACAUGUGACAAGAAUCGGUGUAUACCACGAGACUGGAUCUGUGACGGCUAUCAGGACUGUCGCGAUAACAGUGACGAAAAAUACUGCGCCUUGUGCCCAGCUGACAAGACAAAAUGCCCACCUCCCUCCAGUCAGUGUAUAGAGGUGACAAGCCAGUGUGAUGGCAGGAAAGACUGCUAUGGAGGGCUAGAUGAGCUCCAGUGUGUCAAACUGGAAGGGAGAGUUCGGCCGGGACUGGCCCAGGCCUUUAACCCGGAAUCCAAGAAAUGGGAGCCUAUUUGCUCGUCUAACUGGAAUGUGUCAUUCAGCGAGCUGCUGUGUAAGCAGCUAGGGUAUAGAAAGGUCCUUGUGUCCACGUACAAGUUCAGUGAUGUUUUCCAGUCAGCUGUCGUAGACGAGCUAUCCACCAGUCACCCAGGGAACUUAGUGCAACAAUUCCUGAAGAGAAGGUCAUAUUGUCCAAGUGGAAUGGCGGUAUAUAUAAAGUGUGGUGACAUAGAGUGUGGAGAGAGGCCAGCGUAUGUGCCGUCUCCUCUGCGAGUGGUUGGUGGUCGAGAGGUUCGACCAGGGGCAUGGCCCUGGGUUGUCUCCCUUCAUGGUGGUCCUAGCCAGAACUUCUUCUGCGGCGCGAGUCUUAUUGACGAAGAAUGGGUCAUGACAGCUGCUCACUGUGUAGGAGGGAAGCAGACGAGUGGCGGAUGGACCCUGAAGGUCGGCCAUACCCGGCGGAGAUCGUACUCGCAGUAUCGCUUGAUCCGACACGCAGAUAGGAUCAUCAUACACCCUAACUUCAGUCCGUACACCGUCGACAAUGACAUAGCGCUUAUCCACCUUAACGAACCUGUCCAGUUCAAUGACUUCGUUCGUCCGAUCUGCCUCGCCCCUAAAGGGUACAUCCCUCCGCUGGGUACCAGGUGUGUAGCCGCUGGCUGGGGUAAACACAACUUUAAAGCCCAGGUGUAUUCACGAGCCAUCAACCAGGUGGAGUUGGAAAUCGUGAACUGGGAGUACUGUAGAGAAGCUCUGAAGCACGCUGACCCCAAGCCUCCGCACAACCUCACCAGAAAUAUGAUGUGCGCCGGGGGUGGACUCGACCACGACUCAUGCUCUGGGGACAGCGGAGGUCCAUUUGUUUGUCGUCAGAAUGGGACAGCGGACAAAUGGUUCGCAGCAGGGAUUGUCUCCUGGGGGGUGCUCUGUGCCACGCCCAAUGUCCCCGGGGUUUACACGACACUUCCAAACUACGCUGACUGGAUAAGUGAUGUCAUCGCUAACCACACCAAAUCAGUGACGUAAUCGUGAUCUCAUCCGGGCCAUAGGGCUUUUCUGUAUUCAAAACAUCCACUGUUGAUAACAUAUAGUUGUUGUUAUGAAUUUUAUAUGGUCAGUUACGUUUCGUUAUACA